AGCCCGGACUGAGGAUUUGUUGGUGCAGCGUAGACUCAGAGAGUGAGAGGGUUUGAAGCAAGGAGACCCCGGACUCACGGUUUUUAUUUUUUUACAGUUCACCUCAUUGUCGGCAAGUUUUUUAAACUAUUUAACCGGAGAGAGUCAAGUAAAAGUCCGCCUGAAGGUCUCCUAUCAGCCGGGGCAUUCAGCCGUGUCGGAUCAUUAGUUGUUUCUUGUAGUUUUGACAGAGGUCGUUCCCAGAGCGAAACAAACGCUCAACAGCCCCGUUUGGAUUAUUAUUCAGUGGACGUGUGUUGUUCAGGGAUAAACUCAACCCUGCUUCGUCUUUUAAAGACUUCUACUAAAAGUUUGGACUGCUGUCAAAGCUCACCUCUUCGUGUCUUUUAGGUAUGCCUGGGGUCAUCAGCGUGUCUCCGGACAGGUAACCAGGUGUCUUGUUGCUGUCAUGGCCUCGCCACCCCUGAGGCUGUUUCCUGACAUUUUGCUAACAGCCCUGGUGGUGUUGGUGUCGUCUUCAGAAGACCAUGAGUGGCACUUUAACCCAGCUCAGUGUCGUUACGCCCUGGGAAUGGAGGAUGGCACCAUCCCAGACUCUGACAUCACAGCCUCCAGCGCCUGGUCCGACUCUACUGAGGCCAAACAUGGAAGGUUGAGCACUGGAGAGGGAGAUGGAGCAUGGUGUCCUGCAGGAGCGGUUUUCCCCAGUGGAUCAGAAUAUCUCCAGGUUGACCUGCAUAAACUCCACUUCCUGGCUCUGGUUGGUACCCAGGGUCGUCAUGCUGAUGGGCACGGUCAGGAGUUCGCCCGCAAUUAUCGGCUCCGUUAUUCCCGAGACGGAGUGAAAUGGAUGACCUGGAAGGACCGGUGGAGCCAGGAAGUGGUGUCAGGGAAUGAGAACACCUAUGAUGUUGUGCUGAAAGACCUGGGCCCUCCGAUUGUGGCACGCAUGGUGCGCUUUUUCCCCCUGGCUGACCGGGUUAUGAGUGUGUGCCUUCGGGUUGAGCUCUAUGGUUGUGUUUGGAACGAUGGGUUGAAAGAUUACACAGCUCCAGUGGGUCACGUCAUGCACCUGUCUGGCAUGCCUAUCUAUCUAAAUGACUCCACUUAUGAUGGAAGCACUGAGCAAGGGAUGCAGUUUGGAGGCCUGGGUCAGCUCUGUGAUGGCGUCCUGGGAGGAGACGACUUCAUUCAAACCAAGGAGCUGAGGGUGUGGCCUGGGUAUGACUACCUGGGCUGGAGCCGGGAAGCCCUCGGGCAAGGCAGCGUGGAUAUCGAGUUCCACUUUGAGAAACCGCGUGUCUUCCACAAAAUGCAGGUGCACAGUAACAACCGCCAUACCCAAGGUGUGCGAGUCUUCAGCAAGGUCGAGUGUCUUUUUAAACCUAACAUCCUCCAGCCUUGGUCUUCUCCUGCCCUCACUCUGCCUGUGCCCCUCGAGGACCUUAAGGACCCCUCCUCACGACCCAUCUCCCUCCCGCUGGGGGCCCGGCCGGCUCAGAUCCUGCGCUGCAAAUUCUUCUUUGCUGACCAAUGGCUGCUCAUCAGCGAGAUAUCCUUCCUCUCUGAGCCGUUUGAGGAAGAUGCAACAGAAAAGGGUUCAUUUCCUCCUAAUCUCCCAAAGAUUCCGACCACCACUUCUUCUUCUUCUCUUCUCAACCACACCUCCUCCUCUACCACAUCAGGUCGCAGUUCCUCCAACACCACCGCCGACCCAUCUGAACCCCCCACCACCACCAACCUUUUCAUGACGGACACCACUGGUAACUGGACGCUGUCAGAUCCAGAAUUUGCUGCACAGACUCCGAGGGCAGGACUUCCCGUAGCCAAGGAUGACAGCAGUAAUACAGCUAUAUUGAUUGGCUGCCUGGUGGGCAUCAUUCUUCUGCUGUUGGCUGUGAUUGCUGUCAUUCUGUGGAGGCAGUACUGGAAAAAGAUACUGGGCAAAGCUCAGGGAAGUCUUUCCAGUGAUGAGCUGCGGGUUCACCUGUCAGUCCCGUCAGAUAACGUUGUCAUCAACAACACACACAGCUACUCGAGCCGCUACCAACGCAUCCACACAUUCCCUGAUGACCGCGACCAUGACAGAGAGGGAGAAGGAGAGUACCAAGAACCAAGCGCUCUGCUACGGCCAAGGGAUCAGAGAGACAGCACAGUCUUGCUGUUAAAAAACAACCCAGCAUAUGACCUGCUCAUGUCAGAUCACAGAAAAGGUGCAAGAUCCCUGGUAGUCCCCAGCACCUCUCAGGCUCAGGAAAAGAGCCUCAAUGUGCCUCAGGCAUGUGGUUUGGACUUGGACAUGGAGAAAGGUUUCCCUCCAACUCAAGAAGAGCCUCCUCCCUAUCCUGGCUCCCCUCCCUACCCCUCCCUGUCUCCUCCUGUGUCUCCCCCGCUACCUCCCAGUGUUCCUCACUAUGCUGAGGCAGACAUUGUGAGCCUGCAGGGUGUCAGUGGGAACAACACCUAUGCCGUGCCUGCCUUGGCCUCCUCGAGCCCUGGGGCUGAUGCCACUCCGCUGCCAGAGCUGCCACGGCAAUUUCUCAUUUUCAAGGAGAAACUUGGAGAGGGACAGUUUGGAGAGGUUCACCUGUGUGAAAUCGAGAGCCCUCAGGACCUUCCCAACCUGGAGUUCCCCUUCAAUGUUAGAAAAGGUCGCCCUCUACUGGUGGCAGUGAAGAUACUGCGCCCGGACGCCUCUAAGAAUGCCAGGAACGACUUCCUGAAAGAGGUGAAGAUCCUUUCUCGCCUGAAGGACCCGAACAUCAUCCGUCUACUGGGAGUGUGUGUGAGCAGCGAUCCUCUAUGCAUGGUCACAGAGUACAUGGAGUGUGGAGACUUGAACCAAUAUCUGUCUCACCGAGUGCUUCUAGACAAGACAGGGCCUUCACACAGCGCGCCAACCAUCAGUUACCCAGCACUCAUCUCCAUGGCCAGCCAGAUUGCAUCAGGAAUGAAGUUCCUCUCCUCCCUGAACUUUGUGCACCGGGAUCUGGCUACCCGCAACUCUCUGGUCGGGGGUGAUAAGGGCGAGAGCGGAGAGGAUCCGAGUGGUGAACGUCACAUCAAGAUAGCUGACUUUGGCAUGAGCAGGAACUUGUAUGCUGGCGAUUACUACAGGAUCCAGGGUAGAGCUGUGCUGCCAAUACGCUGGAUGGCCUGGGAGUGUAUACUCAUGGGAAAGUUCACCACAGCAAGUGAUGUGUGGGCAUUCGGGGUCACUCUGUGGGAGAUGCUGAGUGUUUGUCAGGAGCAGCCGUACUCCAACCUCACAGACGAACAAGUCAUCGACAACGCUGGCGAGUUCUUCAGAGACCAGGGCAGACAGGUGUAUCUGAGCAAGCCGGCUGUGUGUCCUCAGGGUCUCUAUGAGCUCAUGUUGAGCUGCUGGAACAGAGACUGCAAGCUCCGUCCAUCCUUCGCCUACAUCCACUCUUUCCUCACUGAGGACGCCAUGAACAUGGUGUGAGGAGAGUUGCACAACAAGGAGAAAGAAAACACUAUGGAGGGGGAAAUGGCUGGCAUGUUUGUGCAUCUUUGCUACAGAGGGAGGGUGUGGUGGAGGUGCUGCAGAGCAGAGCAAAGGGAGAGUGGGUUGCUUGCUUUUAUAUUUGUACUUUUUUUGGGUGGAUGGGGCUGAGACACCGCUGGUUCGGUUUAUUUCCACAUCAGACCCUUACCCCAAAGCCAAAAGUGAGCUUUUGAUGGGCAACAGUCCGAGCUACAUUUCACAGAGGUUGGUGGUGGGCGCAGUCUGCAUAGGAACUUUCUCUCUACUCAGAUACUUAACAUGUAAGGAGUGUUUAUGUGACUGAUGACACAAGAGAUGUAGAGGUUAAACAUCAGAAAAUAAUUCAAAUAACAACCAUAGCAAGCUAGGAAAUGAAGAGUUUUUAAGUUUUAUGACUUUUACAUAUUCAUAAUCUCAAAGACUAUACACAGGGUAACAGGUGAAGGUACACAACAUACAACUUCUGUCCACUAAACACCCAAAGUUAACUAAUUAAAGUUAAUGCCCAGUGAUCGUCUUAGUAUUUAUAGUACACAAAUCCUGCUGUACACAUUUGAAUCGGUGUCAUCCACUCAGAUUCAUCCAAAGGUCAGAUCUUUUAGCCCACGAGACACAAAAUUAUUAUAAUCAGCUGAAAGUCUUUGAUACGACCUUCAGACAUCUGUGCUGACUGUUUCCCACAUCCAAAGCUUCAACUCAAAGUUAUCGUGGACUAAUGUGAAAUAACCCUGACCAGACAACAGCAGCCCCCCUUCUGUAUGUUUGGUCUAAAUAACCAACCCCCUCUGAAGUCGAAAAGUCAGAGCCCCAUCUCUGAGCCACAGACAGAAGAAAAUAAUGCCAAAUGGACUUCUCAAACCUGACAACAAUGGUACAGAAAAGAAGAGUCUGCUGCUGCCACUGAGAUGUGACCCGCUAACUGGAACAUCUUUUCCAAGCAGAGACAACAAUGCCAGCUGGAGCAGCGGACACAAAGUCUUCAUAUGAGUUUGCUCGGGUGUUUUGGGCAAUUGUUUCGUGUCUGACUGUGAUCGAGACACAAAGGAUAGAGGUAAAAUUCCAAAACCAGCUGCACUUUAAAUCCUACAUGCACAUCUCUAGCAACGACAAAACUCUUCUCUGUGAGGGGCGUGAGAUGAUUCAUGUUGACUUGGAUUCAAAUGUUUCAAACCUGCAAAAAUGUCAAAUAUUUUCAAGGAGAGAUCAAAUUCAGGACAGUCUUUCUGCCUUUCUCUCAAGAGGCCAAAACAAUAAGAUGUAAAAUAUUAUUUUAAAACAUGGAUUGGCACCAUCAGUUCAUCUCAUAUUAAAUGUAUGAAAACAUUUUGUUUCGUUUGUUGAGACAUGUUUCCUCAUCAAAUCAGCUUUUGCUCAUCCAUACACAUUACCAUAACAAAACAUGCAGUUAUGGUAUUUGAGUCCUGAUUUGAGUGUGAAUACCAUUAACUUCUGUAUUAUCCGGUGUAAGUACAUUAAGCUGACUGCGGUAGAAUCAAUCAUCUACCUUACUGAUUGUUUAGCACUGUAAAUCAGUCCUGAGAUGAUCAUCAAGUAAUACAUGUUUACUGAUUGUGAAUGGUCCUGACAACUAAGUCAUUUUGAUACACUGUAGUUCAACUAAACCCAUAUUUUUAUAUAUAUACUGUAUGUAUUUUGUCCUUAGUGUCUCUGAACUUGAUCAUUAUAGUAUGUACAUAUUUUAAGGACAGAAGUGUCAUUUCCUUUACCAAUAUAUGGAAAACUCUUUGUUACAUUUGGGGUCUUCUGUAUCUCUGUAGAACGCUUGCUACCUUGAUGCUAUUGUAAUUCAUUGUCUAUUUUUGUAGAUGUUUUAAUAAAGUAAACCUUUUCAGAUA